AAGGCGCUUUGAGUGGAGCGGUUGGUUGGGUGGUUGAUGGGGGAAACAACAACAAGCUACGCAUCAUGAGGGUCCCUGAAACACUGCUUUGGGCCGCUUUUCUCAUACAUAAGGUGGUGGGAGAGUACGGCAUGGCCCAUUUCAGUGACAUGGGCAAGAGCAAAGGGAAGGAUUACUGCAUAUUCUUCAACUCUCAGUGGGCCCGUCUACCUCAGGACCUCAACAAGGCAUCUCGUCUUCCAAUCUAUGACCUGACUUCAUCGGUCCUGUGCUCGCCCUCUGACGUCCCAGAGGGAGGAUUCCCAAAUCGCAUCCCCAUGGUGAUGAGAGGAAACUGCACUUUCUAUGAAAAGGUCAGACUGGCCCAGAUUAACGGAGCCAAGGGCCUGCUCAUCGUCAGCAAGGACAGACUGACACCCCCAGCAGGAAACAGGACUCAGUAUGAAGAGAUUGACAUUCCUGUAGCGCUGCUCAGCUACACUGAUAUGCUGGAGAUUAUCAAGAAAUUUGGUGAAGAAAGACAGGUCGCCAUGUAUGCUCCCAGUGAGCCGGUGCUGGACUACAACAUGGUGAUCAUCUUUCUGAUGGCAGUGGGAACCGUUGCUAUUGGAGGAUACUGGGCCGGCAGCAGAGACACCAAGAAACGAUACAUGAAGCACAAGAGGGACGACGGAGCGGAGAAGCAGGACGAGGAGACGGUCGACGUCACCCCCAUCAUGAUCUGUGUGUUCGUGGUCAUGUGUUGCAGCAUGCUGGUGCUACUCUACUUUUUCUACGACAGCCUGGCUAUUUGGGUCAUAGCCAUCUUCUGUCUGGCCUCCUCUGUGGGCCUGCACAGCUGCCUGUGGCCUUUUGUCCGGAGAAUCCCUUUCUGCAAGUGCAGGGUCCCAGAGAACAACCUGCCAUACCUGCACAAGCGGCCGCAGAUCCGCAUGCUGCUGCUGACGGCCUUCUGCAUCGCUGUCAGCAUCACCUGGAUGGUGUUUCGCAAUGAAGACCAGUGGGCGUGGGUGUUACAGGACACCCUGGGGAUCGCCUUCUGUCUCUACAUGCUCAAAACAGUCAGACUCCCCACAUUUAAGGCUUGCACCUUAUUACUGUCGGUUCUUUUUAUCUACGAUGUUUUCUUCGUAUUUAUUACACCCUUCUUUACAAAGAGCGGGGAGAGUAUUAUGGUGGAGGUAGCGGCCGGUCCCUCCGACUCCUCAGAUCAUGAAAAGCUCCCCAUGGUGCUCAAAGUGCCGAGGUUGAACUUCUCUCCUCUGGCUCUGUGUGACCGGCCCUUCUCCCUCCUGGGCUUUGGGGAUAUCUUAGUACCAGGUCUGCUGGUGGUUUACUGUCACAGAUUUGACAUUUUAACACAAUCCUCCCGUAUCUACUUUGUGGCCUGUACUAUCGCGUACGGCGUGGGCCUGCUGAUCACCUUCGUGGCGCUGGCCGUGAUGCAGAUGGGUCAGCCGGCCUUGCUCUACCUGGUGCCUUGCACUCUGCUCACCAGCCUCAGUGUGGCGCUGUGGCGCAAGGAGUUGCCCCAGUUCUGGACUGGAAGUGGAUUUGUGCCUGCCAUAGCGCUCGCACCGAUCAACUGUACACAAUCUGCAGCACCGCCGACUGAGGAUCAUUUGAAUAAACCGGAGCCACAAACCACAGAAGAAGAUGAUGAUGAAGACUCACCCCAAUUACCGCCUCAGGAAACGGUCGGGAAAGAAGAGGGAAACAAAUCUAACUGAAAGGACUUCUAGUACGGCAUUUUACAUUUCACUUCAUAUUUAAUUUGUGUUUUUUUUAAAUUGUGUCUCAGUUAAUGGACAUUGCAAGUUCAGACAUUUAUUUGCACUUGAUGGGAUCUGUGCUUUCUGAAGUCUCAGAAAAAAGACCAAAAAAACCACCCAUUUACAGUCUGUACCUCCUUUUUAAAAAAGGGAAUAAAAGCCACAUCUGGAAGCUACACAAGCUGUUACACUAAAGACUUACAUGAGGCUUUAGGCCGAACAUCUUCAGGUUCCAGCUUCUUAAUGUUGAGGAUUUUAAGGCUUUACUGUUAAUACAUAAAAGUAAACUGGGUAUCUUUGAACUGCUAUUUGAAGGAAACAAAAAGUCAUUGCAGGCUUGAAAUUAUACUAAGCAUUUUAUAUUUUCUGACAUUUAAAAAAAGGCAAUUCAAUAAUCAAUUGGAUAAAUGGCACAAUAAUCAAUAAUAUAAAUAAUUUUUAGUUGCUACCCUUAGGUCUAAAGAUCAGCUGUGACAGAUUAGCACUAGCAUGUUUAUCGCUGACUUGUGUAAAAGUCUCCGAUGUGGUAGGACCUUUAAAAGAUCACGGUAGGCUCGAAUGCAUUUUUUCCAAAAAGCACACAAAUACAAACACAAGUUAGUGUCCCUUAUCCUUUCAUUACAUUACAAACUAAAGCAGUGAUGUUUUAAAAUGGGGAGCUAAGGUUGUUAACUGAGCCAAAGCUAUUAGAGAUUGUUGUUUUUGGUAUACUUUGUUUUGCAUGCUAUGGUUGAGUUUUUACCCUUCAUAAAAAAAAACCUGUAUAAUCCUAAGUGUAGACUGUAUUGGUGCUGCAACAGUUAAAAUGUCAACCAUUGCUUUUCUGUUCCCCCUAGUAGUCUUCCAUGUUGUCUUAAAAGAGUUGGUUUGGCCUUAUUGAGUCUGUGUCGGGAGGAAAAGAGGAAUGUGUCGAGUGUAAAAGUUGCUUUAUGAAAUCGAAAUGAUGAUGUGCUGCAGUUUGACGUAUGAGUUGUAAAAAGCAUUUGCACAAUAUUUUUUUUUAAUUCAUGGGAUGACUGAAGCUGUUGCCUCAUGUCUGUAUAUGUUUAUGUAUUCUCAUAAAGGGUGAACCCAAGGUGUCAAUAUAUCCAAUACUCAUCAUAAUUUAGUUUUGGAAGUCAGAGGAGACAUCACUCUGUACACGAGUAUACAUGUAUUUCUUAUCCAUUUACGAGGCCUAUUAAACAAGUUCAACAUUCCUGUAAAGACGUUGAGGGAAGAAGUACAAAUAAUUUGGUCAGAUGUGAUGUUAGUUGUCUGGAUGUGUUUUCCAGGACAUCAGAUUAUUUAUUCACCAACAGUUUGUUGUCACCAAGUGGUUUUUAAAGCCUCUGUUGAGGAAUACAUAUAAUAAAGAAACAUUGUAUUUGGAA